UUUAUUUUGUUGUUAUAAUUGUAUGGCAGCUUUGCCUCUUCAGCACAAUCAAUGGCUUCACUAAAAAGACGGGAUCUACCUGUAUCAAGAGAAGGGGAUCAACUAAUUAUAACCCCUUUAGGUGCUGGCAAUGAAGUGGGUCGAUCCUGUGUUUACAUGUCUUUCAAAGGGAAAACCAUAUUGUUUGACUGUGGAAUUCAUCCUGCUUACUCGGGCAUGGCUGCUUUACCAUACUUUGAUGAAAUUGAUCCCUCAACAAUAGAUGUGCUUCUUAUCACGCACUUUCACUUGGAUCAUGCAGCUUCCUUACCUUACUUUCUGGAGAAGACGACAUUCAAGGGUAGAGUUUUUAUGACUCAUGCAACAAAAGCUAUCUACAAGUUGCUAUUAACAGAUUAUGUAAAAGUGAGCAAAGUUUCAGUUGAAGAUAUGUUGUUUGACGAACAAGACAUUAGUCGCUCUAUGGAAAAAAUUGAGGUUAUUGACUUCCAUCAAACUGUAGAAGUAAAUGGCAUUAAAUUCUGGUGCUACACUGCUGGCCAUGUUCUGGGUGCUGCCAUGUUCAUGGUUGAUAUAGCUGGUGUUCGGGUUCUCUACACUGGAGAUUAUUCUCGUGAAGAAGAUCGGCAUCUCCGUGCUGCUGAGCUCCCACAGUUCUCCCCUGAUAUAUGUAUCAUUGAAUCCACUUAUGGUGUUCAGCUCCACCAACCUCGCCACAUUCGGGAAAAGCGGUUCACUGAUGUUAUCCAUUCAACCAUUUCUCAAGGUGGUCGUGUUCUAAUCCCAGCAUUUGCCCUCGGCCGUGCUCAAGAACUUCUCCUGAUACUCGAUGAGUAUUGGGCAAACCAUCCUGAGCUACAUAAUAUUCCUAUUUACUAUGCUUCUCCGCUUGCGAAAAGAUGUAUGGCCGUGUACCAGACGUACAUUCUUUCCAUGAACGAGAGGAUCCGUAACCAGUUUGCGAACUCAAAUCCCUUCAUAUUCAAGCACAUUUCCCCUUUGAACAGCAUUGAUGAUUUUAGUGAUGUUGGUCCAUCUGUAGUUAUGGCAAGUCCUGGUGGACUUCAAAGUGGAUUAUCCCGACAACUAUUUGACAUGUGGUGUUCUGAUAAGAAAAACGCUUGCGUCAUUCCGGGUUAUGUUGUUGAAGGGACACCGGCGAAGACCAUAAUCAAUGAGCCCAAAGAAGUUACUCUCAUGAAUGGCCUGGCUGCACCUCUCAAUAUGCAAGUACACUACAUAUCUUUCUCUGCCCAUGCAGACUAUGCUCAGACAAGUACAUUUUUGAAGGAGCUAAUGCCUCCAAAUGUCAUUCUUGUUCAUGGGGAAGCAAAUGAAAUGGGUAGACUUAAACAGAAGCUUUUAACUGAGUUCACUGAUGGCAACACCAAAAUCAUAACUCCUAAAAAUUGCCAGUCUGUUGAGAUGUACUUCAACUCAGAGAAAAUGGCAAAAACCAUUGGGAGACUGGCUGAAAAAACCCCACAAGCAGGUGAUACUGUUAGCGGUAUUCUGGUGAAAAAAGGUUUCACGUAUCAGAUAAUGGCACCCGAUGAUCUCCAUGUUUUCUCACAGCUGUCAACAGCGAAUGUUACUCAAAGGAUUACUAUCCCAUACACAGGUAUAUUUGGAGUGAUAAAGCAUCGCCUGGAGAAAAUAUAUGAGAGCGUGGAAUCUUCAAGUGAUGAAGAGUCUGGGGUUCCAACAUUGCGAGUGCAUGAUCGAGUGACAGUGAAGCAUGAGUCAGAUAAGCAUGUUUCACUGCAUUGGACAUCUGAUCCAAUAAGCGAUAUGGUGUCAGAUUCAAUUGUGGCUUUGAUUCUUAAUAUCAGUCGAGAAGGUCCCAAGGUAGUAGUUGAUUCAGAGGCUGUUGAAAGUGAGGAAGAAAACAAGAAGAAGAUAGAAAAGGUUAUUUACACGCUUCUUGUUUCGCUCUUUGGAGACGUAAAGUUGGGAGAGGACGGGAAACUAGUAAUAUGCGUUGAUGGCAAUGUGGCACAUCUCGAUAAACAGAAUGGGGAUGUUGAGAGCGAAAAUGAAGGUCUCAAGGAAAGAGUGAGGACUGCUUUUCGACGCAUUCAGAGUGCAGUAAAGCCGAUUCCUCUGUCUGCAUCAUCAUAAGGUUUGGAACUAAUCAGGGAUAAAUUAUGGGAUGAAAAUUGCCGGGUUAAUUUGUAUGGUUAACUGUACACUAUCUCCAAGUUAGUAUAGCUCAGAACUAAAAUGGAUCAUGAGUAGAGGAAUGAGUCUUCAGUUGAUCUUGUUUGUGGAUGCCAUGGCCAUGAAUGUGUAACUUAGAAGAAAUUUAUAAGACAAAUAAGGAGAUUAUGUAUUGCAACAUUUCAUCAUGUAGGGAAGAGAAGGACUAUAGCAGUUUUUCUUGGAACCUUUUCUUCUGAGUUUGCCAGUUUUUAUUGGAAAUGGUGAAUGUAAGUUAUAAUUGUAUACCAAUUUUACUCAUCCUA